AUGGCUGAUUCCAACACCAAGGAGUUCAUCCAAUACAUGAACCUUGAAAAGGUCAAGUCUAUUGACAUGCCACGGUAUGAAUCGCACUCUAGCUUACGUACCUACAUCAAAGAAUUUGAAUUACAGGUAAAUUUCGUAGGCAUUGAAAACAUGGAUAUCUGUACCGUCCAGCUAGGUCGCUUCAUGCCUCCCGUCAUCAAAAACUGGUUACCUACCUUACCUUCCUCAGUCAGACAAAACUGGGCCAACGUAACUGAACAAAUGCUGUUACAAUUUGGUCGUCCUGCCGACGAGGAAUAUCGAGAGUUCAAGUCCAAUUUGAAGCGAUGUCAACAACCCAAGCAGGAGUCCAUCAAACUACAUAGUGCUAAAUGGAAACAUUUGCUAAGUCUGCUGCCGAAUAAUCAUAUCUCGGAUGCUCAUCAAAUCUGUUUAUUUACUCAAUCUCUACACGACAGAGGAUUACCUGCUACAUUAACAGCGUAUGUAGAACUCGCUAAGGUCACAACGGUGCAAGAAGUUAUCACGAAGGCCAUCGAUUUUGAACACAAGGCUAGGCUCAAUGAUAAUACUGAUGAACAAGCACACUUUUCGGGAUCCCACACUCAAUCCACGAUGGAUGACCCAAUGGAAGUCGAUCAUGUUAAUCGCUCAAACUCGUACAAAGACAAAAGUACUAAAAGACCAUUCAGAAAUAGCAAAAAGGCAUUCAAUUCCAAACCUCGUUCACGAUUUCCUCCGGAUCCUGUACCUCGAUUAUACAACAAACAAGGACAUCCUGUCUGCGGUCACUGCUUCGGCGAACAUCGUAAUUACGAAUGUCCCACACAAGCAUCCUCUGUGUAUCAGACAGACACUAUUGAACACCCAGAGGAUGACUCAGGAUUAAUGGAAUUGGGGUCCCCGGUUCCUCUUAAUCACAUUCGUACUACUUCCAUGCAUGCUAUUCGAACCACUCAACAUGACAGUUUCACUCCCACAACCAAAAUCGUCAUUGGAGAUCACACUAUUCAUGCAUUAUGGGACACAGGUUCUGCCAUCACUGCCAUGGAUUAUGACACAUGUGUUACUCUGCAGUUGGCAAUAGACAACAAUCGGAUCAUCAGUUACACAGACGUGAACAAUCGUACAGCACAAACGAUGGGUAUUACUAAAUUGAAUCUUUUUGGUUACGAAACGAAAUUUCAUGUUAUACGCGGUUUGGCUCGUCAGGCUAUCAUCGGCUGGGAUUUUAUGUGCAGAUUUCAGGUCAAUAUGAAUACUAAACUCAAAAUGUUCACACUACAAUCUGACAAUUAUCAUAUAAACUUACAUUACAAGACUACGGCUACAAGGCGUUGUAACAUCCAAUUAACCGAUUCCCAAGAUGCUCGGAUACAAGAUCUAUGA